AUGACUGGAAAAAAUUGUGUUGCCAUCGCGGCCGAUAGAAGAUUUGGUAUACAAGCCCAGACUAUAGGACAUGAAUUUCAAAGGAUCUAUGGAAUGAGCGAUCAUCUUUAUAUUGGUUUUUCUGGUUUAGCUACAGAUGUUACUACUGUAUCCAAUAAGUUAAAAUUUAGAUUAAAUAUGUAUAUGCUACGUGAAAAUCGAGAAAUGAAGCCGGAAACCUUUAUGAGCUUGGUCUCAAGUCUCUUGUAUGAAAAAAGGUUUGGACCUUACUUCGUAGAGCCUGUUAUUGCUGGUUUGGAUAAAAAUGCAAAACCUUUCGUAGGAUCACUCGAUUUAAUUGGCUGUCCUAUGAUUACCGAAGAUUUUGUUGUCAGUGGUACCGCAUCGGAACAAUUGUAUGGAAUGUGUGAAUCAUUAUGGGAACCUGACUUAGAAGCAGAUGAUUUAUUUGAAUCAAUUUCCCAAGCUCUACUUAAUGCGGUCGAUCGUGAUUGUGUUAGCGGAUGGGGUGGAAUAGUUUAUGUCAUCGAAAAGGAUAAGGUAACUGAAAAAAUCCUAAAGGCGCGAAUGGAUUAG